CCAAGGAGUGGCCUGGGCAUAUAUAGGGAGCCUCUGUGGGUGGGGCUGGCCAGAGAGGCUUUGAGCAGAGAAGGCAGGACUAUGGCAUCUGCAGCAGCAGAGGGAGAGAAGGGGUCUCCGAUUGUGGUGGGGCUGCUGGUCAUGGGCAACAUCAUUAUUCUGCUAUCAGGCCUGGCCCUGUUUGCCGAAACUGUAUGGGUGACAGCUGACCAGUACCGCGUGUACCCACUGAUGGGCAUCUCAGGCAAAGAUGAUGUCUUCGCUGGAGCCUGGAUCGCCAUCUUCUGUGGCUUCUCCUUCUUCAUGGUGGCCAGCUUCGGUGUGGGAGCAGCCCUCUGCCGCCAUCGGUCUAUGAUCCUCAUGUAUCUGGUGCUGAUGCUCAUCAUCUACAUCUUUGAGUGUGCCUCCUGCAUCACAUCCUACACCCACCGUGACUAUAUGGUGUCCAACCCAUCCCUGAUAACCAAGCAGAUGCUGACCUUCUACAGUGCCAACACGGACCAGGGCCAGGAGCUGACUCGCCUUUGGGACCGCAUCAUGAUUGAGCAAGAGUGCUGCGGUACAUCUGGCCCCAUGGACUGGGUGAGCUACACAUCCGCCUUCCAGGCAGCCACUCCGGAGGUAGUGUUCCCCUGGCCCCCGCUGUGCUGUCGCCGGACAGGAAACUUUAUCCCCCUCAAUGAAGAAGGCUGUCGCGUGGGCCACGUGGACUACCUGUUCAUCAAGACCUUUGGGCUUGGUUCCACAUCACCUCCCAGGCCCCUGAAGCCUCCUUGGGACAUAGACACUGCCAUGAUCCCCAUUGCACAGGGCUGCUUCGAGCACAUAGCCCAUGCCAUCGACAGCUACACGUGGGGCAUCUCCUGGUUCGGAUUUGCCAUCCUGAUGUGGACGCUGCCCGUGAUGCUGAUAGCCAUGUAUUUCUACACCACACUCUGAGGGACGAGAGGCAGAGCCACGCCUGCUCCUCGGCCUCUGGGCUCCUGCUUCUGCCUCCUCCUGCUGGGCCUACGCAGCUGCCUCACCUCUCCCCUGCCACCUCCCUCACCCUCCCCUUCUGCAUCCAGGACCCCAAGCCCUACCUGGCCUCAGCUUCUCCCUAUCGCUCCCUGAGUUCCUUCUGUGUGGCAAGCGUUACCACUGCUCCUAGUUUGUGAUUGUCUAAGCCCUUGUAGACUGGGAUCACCAUGCUAGGGGUGACACAUUCUGUCAGAGUCACUUUCUGGUCCCCACCAUCACCCAGCACGGGGCUGAGCGUGGAACCAGAUGCUCAAUAAAUACUAGCUGAUUGAAUGAA